AGAGCUGUCCUGCCUGGAGCAGCCUUUCUUUCCCGUCUGCUACCCUGCCCGCUGCGGUUUGGAGAGGUCAGACCCAAGUGACCCUCGGCCUCGGUGAAGGGCAGCUCCCGCCGUGAGCUGGGCCUCGGCGCUCCCCGCCCCCGGGCCGUCUUCCCGUGUCUUCUCAUUAGCUGUUCCCGCAGACUGGCUUCCCUCCGGAGGGGAAUUCCUGAAACCCACACACCCUCGGGAGGGCUGGGCACCAGAUAAAAGCCGUCCUCAAAGCCCGGCCCCUCCUGGGACCCGGUGGCUGUGCUCGGCGCGCAGCUUGUCCUCCUAAGGCAGGGGUCUGCACCCACGGAAAACAGGUUCUCGGAGUUUUUCUGGUUUGCUCCCAGCUCUCCACCGGCACAUCUAUUUCUGUCUUUCCUUUGGGAGAAACGUGCUUUGCCAAUGACUAACCGCAGUUGUGCCGAGAUGCUAUCACCUGUCACCUGCACGGCAGGACCCGAGCCCAUGCGGAAAUGAGAUAGGCCAGCGCCACCUGCCUCCCCCCUGGCAGAGCCCUGAGAAGGUCUGUGCCACCCGGGGCCGCCUCUGUCCUGUCUCAGGACUCGGGCAUGGGGCCAUCACAGUGACUGCCCCAGGGCCCCCUGCUGCCAUCCUGAAAGGGCCCACCUUGGUGUCUGACGAGCAGCUCCCUCCCUGCGGGCCGAGGGCGGAGCCCCUGGAUGGAGCUUGGGACCUAUACUCCUCAUGUCUGUCCUGCUGAUGCUGUGUGUCCCGCUCCUGGCCCUGGCGACCCCGGGCCGAGGCACCCGGCGAUGGGAACCCUGCACAGACCUGCGCCCCCUGGACAUCCUGGCAGAGGCCCUCCCUCCAAAUGGCGCUGCGGGCGGAAUCAGGGUGACACAGGCGAAUGGCGUGCGAGGACUCCAGCUCUCGGCCGCCGCCCCCCACACCAUGAGCUUCCCCGCAUCGAGGAUUUUCUUCCAAUGCGACCUCUUCCCUGAGGAAUUUUCGAUCGUCAUAACCUUGAAAGUUCCCAGUCUUCCCCCUAAGAAGAACGAAUACCUGUUCACUGUGGUGACGGAGGAGUCUGACGGGCUGUUGCUGGGUCUGCGGUACUCGCCCACCAGGCUGCACUUCCUGUUCCUCAGCCAGGACGCGGCGGGGGCCUGGCAAACCCGCGUGACCUUCCUCAGUCCCGCUCUGAUGGACAACCAAUGGCACACGCUGGUCUUGGCCGUGUCCGAAGGAUCCUUUUCCCUCACCGCGGACUGCGGCGUCCCCGCGGACAUAAUGGCUGACGUGCCCUUCCCGGCCACCCUCUCGGUGCGAGGAGCCCGAUUCUUCAUCGGCAGCCGGAAGAGAGCCAAAGGCCUGUUCACGGGCCUGGUGAGGCAGCUGGUCUUACUGCCUGGCUCAGAUGCCACCCCAAGGCUCUGUCCCUGCAGGAGUCCUGAGCUGGCUGUGCUGUCCAUCCCCCCAGUCCUGCAGGGCCCCCCGGGGAAGCCAGAAGAUAAUGAGGUGCUAAAAUAUCCCUAUGAAACCGACCUGAAGGUGACUCUGGGGUCCCGGCCUCCAUGCACCAAAAUGGAGGAUGCCCAGUUCUGGUUUGAUGCUAGCCGGAAGGGGCUGUUCCUGUGUGUGGGCAGCCAGUGGGUCUCCGUGUUAGCAGCCAAGGAGAAGCUGGACUACGUGGAAGAACAUCAAAGCCUGUUCACCGACUCGGAGACGCUGGGCAUCGAGGUCUUUGCCAUCCCCGAGGCCGGGCUCUUCGUGGCAGCCGCCAACCGCAGAGCCACGUCCGCCAUCUACAAGUGGACCGAUGGGAAGUUCGCCUCCUACCAGAACAUUCCCACGCACCAGGCACAGUCCUGGAGACACUUCACCAUUGGGAAGAAGGUCUUCCUGGCUGUGGCUAAUUUUGAACCGAAUGACAAGGGCCAGGAGUUCUCUGUCAUCUACAAAUGGAGCCAGAGGAAACUGAGGUUCACACCAUACCAGAGGGUCCCCACCCACAGCGCCCGGGACUGGGAAGCCUUCGAGAUGGCCGGGGAGCACUUCCUGGCCGUGGCCAACCACAGGGAAGGUGAUAACCACAACAUCGACAGCGUCAUCUACAAGUGGAACCCGAGGACCCGACUCUUCGAGGCCAACCAGACCAUUGCCACCUCGGGCGCCUACGACUGGGAGUUCUUCACCGUGGGGCCCUACUCCUUCCUGGCGGUGGCCAACGCCUUCAACGGCACGUCCACCAAGGUGCACUCCCACCUGUACGUCUGGCUCCUUGGCUCCUUCCAGCUGUUCCAGGCCUUCCUGACGUUCGGCGCCGCGGACUGGGAGGUGUUUCACAUCGGAGAGAGGGUCUUCCUGGCCGUCGCCAACAGUCACAGCUACGACGUGGAAAUGGAAGCACGCAACGACUCCUACGUCAUCAACUCGGUCAUCUACGAGCUGAAUGUCACCGCGCAGACCUUCGUCAGGUUCCAGGAGAUCCCCACCUGCAGCGCUCUGGACUGGGAGUUUUUCUCGGUGGGAGAAGAUUAUUUCCUGGUGGUCGCAAACUCCUUCGACGGGAACACCUUCCUGGUAAACAGUAUUAUUUACAGGUGGCAGGGCUAUGAAGGGUUCGUGGCCGUGCACAGCCUCCCGACCUUCGGCUGCAGAGACUGGGAGACCUUCCGCACCGCGGCGGGUUCCUACCUCGUCUACUCCAGCGCGAAGGAGCCCCGCUCCCGGGUGCUGAAGCUGAGGACGGGGUGAGGGCACCGGCGCCCCGCCCGGAGCCCCGGGAGAAGCCGGCCCUUUCCGGGCCCUGGCCCUCGUCCGGGGGGCCGUCCGUCCACCUCUCUGCCCCGGUGACCGUCGCGGCGGAUUUGGGGGCUCCGCGGGCGGUCGGGCCGGAGUCGGGUGCUGCCCUGCGAGCCUGGGCGGGCUGCCCGGGGUUCGCCUCAAGGGAGAAGUUCAUACAAAAUUUUACCUCAGAACCAGCGGGACCUCCCCACGGUCCUCCCGGCCCACCCGGGCGCGGGCACAGGCUUCACGCGGAUUCACGUAUCUCACACCGGCUAUUUAUUGUAUACUGUCUGUACAGGAAUAUAUUUAUGACGCUCUUUACCAAAGGCCUGAAGACGUCUGCGUGUUUGUGGGGGGGACGGUUCACUCGGCCAGCGCGGUGGGAUGUGCCCUCGGGUCCCGGGUCACCGAGCCGGAGGGCGCCCCUCCUCUGCAGGGACUCGCUGCCUCUUCUGGCCUCGGUUUAGCCAGGAAUGCGGCGGGGGUCGGUUUCGGGGAGGAACCAGCGGUGCGGGGACUGGGCCCCACCCCAUCCCACCCCGUGCAAAGCCACGCAGGCCGGCUCCCUGGUCACUGCACUGGCCUCGUGGACGUGCGGGGUGCGCUGGGGACACCUCCUCGGGGCCCGCGCUCACUCAGCUCCCAUGUCUAACGCCCCAGCCCUGCCCGGCGGGGGCCUCCUGCCUCCCUGGGCGCGACAGGACACACGCCCUCGCAAUCCGCGUGUAAAAGAACAGCCAUAUGCUGCAGCCUUUGCUGGGAAGGCCUGUGGGGUGAGGACCAGGCCAGGCCUAUUCCAUCACCCGUGGCCACGGGCUCCAGGAGAGCGAGGGCCGGGGAGGGACGUGGAGCCGGGCCACUGCCCGAGCUCAGGGACCCACCCUUGGUUUGGUACUCUGCUGUUUCUGUCUUUCAAGUUUCAACUCUCGGUGAUCUUUGCCCAAGAUCACAGAGCAGGGGGCACGGCGCAGCCCCAGCUGUCUCCGGGGUCUGGCUCCCCACGGCCACGUGCAUGUGAGAACGGGGUGCCCUUCCCGCUCCCAGGAAGGAAACCUACCCCACGCCUCCUCCGGCCAGGCCAGAUUUGGGAUUUCAAUACGGAUUUCCAAAAGCUGAGAUUUUUCUGAGCCCCCUUCAGGCCAAUAAGCGGACCGUGUGCCUCGGGGAGGGCUGGAGCUGACCCCGGACGAGGAUGUCCCUCCCCAGGGAGAGCCGCAGAGGGCAGGGGGGCCUGGGGCUCGAGGGAGGUCUGGGCCAGGUGGUGAUGGCGACAGCCGGUCCAGGGACAGCCGGCCGAGGGUGCCACAUAAAAAUGCAGGCUCUCCAGCUAAAUCUGAAUCACAGGUAAACCACAGAUGCUCUUUUUAGUAUAUGUGAACCCCAAAUACUGCACGGAACAUACACUAGAGGGGUAUUUGUCGUUCCCCUGAAAUUCAGAUUCAAAGCGGUGUCCUGCACUCCCAGAGAGGGGUCGUGGGGAGACGAGACCUUCUUAGGGCCAACGGGGGGCGGGGCCUCUGAUUUUAUCUGAGAUUUGACACAAGGAAGAAAGAGACCCCACGGGCUGGGGUGGCCUGCCGGGGAGCGGGCAGCCCUCGGGCAGGGUUGGCAGAGGGCACUGGUGGGUGGUCAUCUUGGGGGCUUAUUCCACAGGUGCCUCCACACAGGAGAGGGGAGGCCGGCCCGGGAUGGUUACUUUUAUGUGUCAACCGGGAGGAUGUUUCUGGAUGAGAUUAACACACAU